CAUCGAUCUAGUUAAUUUCUGAACACAUUUUAGAGAUGGCAUGAGGUGGCAUGUAGAAUUUUAUUCGUGCUCUCCUUAAAAUCUCCAAAAAAUGUUUUUAAACGAGAUUAAAACAAGAUAAAAAUUUUAUUCGGACGUUAGAAAAGAGAGAAAGCGAAAAUUCUAAGUGCAAAAAAUAAACAACACGGAAAGACCUAUCAUUCAAUCAUGGUGUAAAAAAACAUGUGUGACAUGGUGCGUAAUGGUGUGUUGACAAGCAUGAGAAAAAGGGAGAAGAAAAUGUGUUAGAUAACGUAUAAUUUUAUAAGAAAAAUUGAUAGAGUAAAAUAUUUAAUAUAAAACAGAGAACUGAAAAAAUUAUCUUACGUUGAACUAAUAAAAAUAUUACGAGGAGAAUGAUCGAUGAUAGGAUGGAGCAAUUGUAACUUGCCAAAAAGUUUUAACAAUUGAGUUAAAGACGCUUUAAAUAAUUUAGAAAAAAAGAUAUUCCAGUCAGAAGAAUAAUUUUGGCACAAAAAUGGCAGAUCUCUCAUUAGUAAAGACAGAACCAACGUACUGGAAUGCCGAAGUGGAGGAUGUAGAAUACUGUCCUCAAGUUCCUCAAGUGCCAAACUUUCCUGGCUACGCUCAAUCUCCCAAUUACAACUCGUCUUAUCCAUACAAUGUACCUCCUCCCAAUGUAUCAGGUAUGCCUCCUUUUAAUACAUCAAACAUUCCUCCUCCCAACAUAUCGCAUAUUCCUCCUCCAAAUGUAUCGAAUAUGCCUCCUAAUCUCAACUCGACAAAUUCAAUGUACCAUUUUCCACCUACCACCUACCAUAAUAAAACCAAUUUUCUCAAUAAUAUUCCUUACCAGAAUCAAAUGCAUCCACAGUGCAGCAAUCAAUAUUACAACAAAGUGGAUUUUGCAUCUAAACAGUACAUGGGUGAAACUUAUGCAAACUGGAAUAUAAAAACUGAAAAUGUGUAUAAUGACGAUACUGGUACUGAAUGGCAAUCUAAUAACUCCUCUGUAAAUUGGACGACGUAUCAAAAUACAUCUGCUUCAUGGUAUGAUACAAACGUUACAGCAAAUAACAGAGAGAGCUCGUAUCCGACGCAGAUGUGUGAGGCAUCUCAAGGAAUAGAAGAGCUCAAAUGGAAAUAUGAUAAUAGAGAAACAGUGUCCAAACGUGAUAGAAGCAGACAGAGAUCUAGAAGCCCACAUAUUAAACAAGAGAAAGUAUAUAGAUCACAAUCUGAAGAUCACAGAGACAGAUAUCGUCAUAGUAGAGAAAUAUCUAGUUCAAGGGACUCUUCAUAUGAUAGUAAGCGCCUUGAACGAUCUUCAUCUAAAAAAUAUAGAAGUUAUACAUCUCGUUCAGAAGUGUCAUGUGUAAACAGCAGAAACAGAAAAAGAUCGAGAUCGCCAGAGCCUCAUUCAAGCAGAGACUCUACACCUACCAGCAACAGUAAACGAACAAAAGGUCCUACUGAGAGAGAAAUUUUAUUAGAAAAAUAUAGGCGUAACUAUUGUGCAACAAGUAAGGAUAUAAAACGAAAACUGAGUGAAUUAUCAGCAAUGGGAUCUAAAGGUAUACUUGAAAGUGAGAAAAAAAUUUGGACGCGUACGUCACCAGCAGAUCUCUACUAUGUCAGGGAUGAAAAUAAUCCAAAAAUAAUGAAAGGUUCUUCUAAGCUACGAGAAUUGUGUUUAACAUUUAAGGCAGUGUUAAUAAACAGAGCAGCCGCAGCAAGGGCAUUACAACCACCUUAUGAACCACCUCCAAGAAAAACAAGAGCACGUCUUUGCCGUCAUAAAUCUGAAGCUUGCAGCAGCUCUUCAUCCGAUAGCGAAAAUUCUAUGGAUGAAGAUGAUAGAACAAUGGAAGAGUUAAUGGCAAAGAAGCAGCAUCCUCAAAGAUUGCAUCCUGAAAUGUGGUUUAAUGAUCCUGGAGAAAUGAAUGACGGCCCAUUAUGUCGAUGUAGUGCAAAAUCAAGACGCUCAGGCAUAAGACAUGGGAUUUAUGCUGGAGAAGGUGCAAUAAACAAGUGUGACUUGAAUACGAAUAAUGCAGAUAAACUGUUUCACUAUAGAAUAACAAUCAGCCCACCGACAAAUUUUCUUACCAAGACACCGACUAUUAUUAAACAUGACGAACAUGAAUUUAUAUUUGAAGGCUUCUCUAUGCUUUCUCAUUUCCCCCUGGUCAAAUUACCCACGUGCAAAGUUAUAAGAUUUAAUAUUGAGUACACGAUUUUGUACAUAGAAGAGAAGUUGCCAGAAAAUUUUACAAUACAGGAGCUGGAUUUAUUUCAAACGUAUUUAUUCAAAGAAGUUUUGGAGCUUGUAGAUUUUGAUCUACAUGCGGCACAGGACAAAUCCGGCUGCGGACAGUUCCAUUUUAUGCCAAGAUUUGUACGUGAUUUGACUGACAAUGGUCAAGAAAUCCUGUCGAUGAACGAAGUCUUGAAUUAUUUGAUAAAGAGCAGUACUCUUUUAAUAAAUCCAGACGAUUUACAUAGAUUGGUGGCGAUGCCACAAUACAAGUGGCAAGAUUUUGCUGAUGAAGUAAAGGGAAUGGUCGUGACUUACCCAGGAAAAAAACCGUGCAGUGUUCGUGUUGAUCAGUUAGAUAGAAAUCAAGAAGACCAACCAUGUAAGACAUCGUCUGCUUAUCCUGAGAUAGUUCAUUUUGGUAUUCGUCCACCGCAGCUUAGCUACGCAGGAAAUGCAGAUUACCAAAAAGCCUGGAGAGACUAUGUGAAGUUUCGACAUCUACUCGCAAACAUGUCAAAACCAUCUUUCGAAGAUAAAAGAAAAUUAGAGGCGAAGGAAAAUAAACUGCAGGAGUUGCGUACUCAAAGCAAAAUGAAGCGCGAUGUUACGGUCGACGUUAGCUCCGAAGGAUUUUAUAGAACUGGUAUUAUGUGCGACAUUGUGCAACAUGCGAUGUUGAUACCAGUACUAGUCUGCCAUCUGAGAUUUCACAAAUCUCUGGAUAAUUUAGAACGCACAUUGGGAUACGAAUUUAAAAACAGAUACCUACUUCAGCUAGCUUUGACGCAUCCCAGCUAUCGCGAGAAUUUCGGUACAAAUCCAGAUCAUGCGCGAAACUCUCUGACGAAUUGCGGCAUUAGGCAACCCGAGUACGGCGAUCGCAGGAUCCAUUAUAUGAAUACGCGUAAACGCGGGAUCAAUACUCUCAUAAACAUAAUGUCCAGAUUUGGCGCGAAAACGGAAACAGAAUCAUCGAUAGCGCACAACGAACGAUUAGAGUUCCUCGGCGAUGCGGUCGUUGAAUUCCUCACUUCCAUUCAUCUCUUUCACAUGUUUCCGGAGUUGGAGGAAGGUGGUUUAGCUACUUACAGAGCGGCGAUCGUGCAAAAUCAGCAUCUCGCUGUGUUGGCGAAAAAAUUGAAUCUAGAAGAGUACAUGCUUUAUGCUCAUGGUAGUGAUCUCUGCCACGAUUUGGAGCUGCGCCAUGCAAUGGCGAACUGUUUCGAAGCGUUGAUGGGCUCGCUGUUUCUCGAUGGAGGGAUAGAAGUAGCUGAUCGGGUCUUUGGCGAAACGCUUUUCAAAGGUGAAGAGGAUCUGGCCAAAGUUUGGGUCAAUUAUCCACGCCAUCCUCUUCAGGAACAAGAACCGACAGGAGAUAGGCAGUGGAUUCCCAGCUUCGAGUUGUUGCAGAAAUUGACCAAGUUCGAAGAAUCAAUUGGAAUAGAAUUCACUCAUAUUCGUCUUCUUGCUAGAGCGUUCACGGAUCGUAGUAUAGGAUAUACUAAUUUAACAUUAGGAUCUAAUCAACGGCUGGAGUUCCUAGGAGACACUGUAUUGCAGCUUAUUGUUUCUGAAUACUUAUACAAGUUUUUUCCAGAACAUCAUGAGGGACAUUUAUCGUUACUGCGAAGUUCUCUCGUGAAUAAUAAAACCCAAGCGGUUGUUUGUGACGAUUUGGGUAUGACUCAAUAUGCACUUUACGGAAACCCGAAAGCUGAAUUGAAGACAAAAGACAGAGCAGAUUUAUUAGAAGCUUUUCUUGGCGCACUUUAUGUCGACAAGGGUUUAAAGUAUUGUCAUGUGUUUUGUGACGUAUGUUUCUUUCCACGCUUACAAGAUUUUAUCAUGAAUCAAGACUGGAAUGAUCCAAAAAGCAAGCUACAACAAUGUUGCUUAACUUUAAGAACUAUGGAUGGUGGGGAACCAGAUAUUCCUGUAUACAAAGUUAUCGAGUGUAAAGGGCCGACUAAUACCAGAGUUUAUACAGUUGCUGUAUAUUUCCAAGGAAAACGUUUGGCUACAGCAUCAGGACAUAGUAUCCAAGAAGCGGAAAUGAAUUCUGCUAAAGAAGCUUUAGAAAAAUCGCAGGGUAUUAUGUAUAGGAAUAAUAAAAUUAUUAUGAUUAAAAAGUCAUUAAUUUCUUUAUGGAUAUAUCGCAAAUAUAGAAUUAAUCUUUUAGUUAACAAAAAUGAUCACCUUUAUUUCUUGCAAAUUUUUAAGUUUUUAAUAUUCAAAAAUCUUGGUAAAUGUACAUAUUUGAAUUAAAAUCUUAUGACAAUUUAUGAUAUGAAAUUGUAUAAAAAACAAACUAUUUUAUACUUAUUUAACAUUAAGAAUAAUUUUCUAUUUUAAUUAAGAAAUUACAUUUAAAAUUUUUUAGUAAAAAAAUUUGGGCUGCGUUCCAAUAUUACUCCCAGUAUUUAAAAAUCUAUAGUUUCUGUUAUGUUCGUAGAUUUUCAAUAAUAUCAGAAUGUAACCUUGAUUGCAUGUUUUGUACACAUUAUACAAAAUUAUAUAUGUAAUUUUAUUUAUAAUUUGCUCAAUUUAUAGUAAUUUUAUAUUAUUUUUAAAACUUGUUUAUUUUUGCUGUAUCUAUUUAAAUUUAUUUUCGCAGAUUUAUUCCCGCAAUUGGAUCAUCAAAAACGUGUAAUAGCAAAAAGCAUGAAGAUGCAGCAAUGGCCGAAAGUAAA